AAGCAGUCGACGCGUCCAGCACAUCAGACACAAUGCGAAUGCGCGCCCAAUCGUUUCGACAGUGAUGGUCAGCUGUGCACGGGUCGAGACGGUGAAAUGCGCCUUAGGCAUGUAACUCUGGCUGGCAGAGAUACCCUACGGCCGCAACAUGUUCGCGUACGGUUUCGAGAUCACAUAGACCUGUAAUAUGCCUGUGCCAAGUGCGAGUUCACGGUGAAAAUCUGGCGUGAACGGGGGAUUGGAGAGAUGGCGUCGGUGGCGGGCUCGACUGAUCAGCCACUCGCCGCGCACGGCCACAGCUUCUGCAAGAAAACCUUCCACAAGCCCACAUACUGCCACCACUGCAGCGACAUGCUAUGGGGCCUCAUUCAACAGGGCUUCAUCUGCGAAGUGUGUAACUUCGUAGUGCAUGAUCGCUGCCUUAAGAACGUGGUUUCCCCGUGCUCCAGCGUCGCCGCCAGCCAAAUCAAGAAUCCAGUCGCUCAUUGUUGGUCGGAACCUUUCCAUCACAAGAAAAAGUAUUGUAAUGUAUGUCGGAAGAGGUUACUGGAUGAUGUCUAUUCCAUCCAUUGUGAAAUAUGCGAGUACUUCGUACAUAUAGAAUGUCAAGAUUUCGCUGUGGCCGACUGCAAGGAAAACGCCACUUAUCUGCCGGGGAAGCAGCUGGUGUACGUCCACCACCAACACCACUGGCGGGAAGGCAACUUGCCCAACAACUCCAAGUGUGCCCUCUGCAAGAAAACAUGUUCCUCCAUCGAGUGCUUAUCGGGGUACCGAUGCGAAUGGUGUGGCAUGACGUGUCACGCGGCAUGUCACGUCUCGAUAAACAGCGAGUGCACAUUUGGCAUUUUGGAGCCGAUUUACCUGCCACCGCAUGCCGUCAGCAUACCGCGAACGGAGGUGCCCAUGGAAGCGAUAAUCGGUGUGCAAGUGCGAAGAAAGGACACCCUGUCCCUCAUCGGUGGCAGAGUAAUUGCCAGAAGGGCCGGUAUUAAGGGCGCCAUGAAGCGGCUGUCCAUUCUAUUGCCCAAUUCAUGCCAGGGCAAACGCGAACCCGCAUCCCCUUAUUUCCGAGCGAGGAGUACCUCCGACGAAUUUAGCAGCGGCGAUGCUAGUAGUCGGUAUAGGGAUUCCGAGGACUAUCAGCCUUCACAUACGCAGGGAAGAGACAGGCAGGAUAAGCAAAACAAGGACAAGGAAGAUAGGGAUGAAGAAUACAUCAAAGUGUACGACGGCAACAACUCGUUGAAAAGGAAAAUAUUCAGGAUCAUAGUGGUGUCCAGGCAGGCACCACUGAAGCAGGUGUUGACGCAAGCACUUCGUGCCUUCCAUAUCACCAAGGAUCCGAACUCAUUUCAUCUCACUGAUCUUUACUCGCCUGACGAGGCCAUCCUGCAGGAUCCCAACCCUGUCCUCAGUCUGAACAGGAAAGAGGGCAAGAGACCGGCUGUUUUCUUAAGAUUUAAGGAUCGUGACAAUGACAAAGGUGAAGUACGGGUUUACCCCGGAAAAUUACAAGUCUCACAAGCAUAUUGUACCGUGCCUGUUGAUUCUGAAACCAAAGUCAGCGAUCUGAUCCGCGAAGCACUGAAACGCUUCGGUCUUGAGAACUACAACUGUGAGGAGUAUAGGUGUAGCGAGGUUUUGCUUGACAGAGGAGUGACCGAGAGGGUGUUAUCAUGGGACGAGAGGCCGUGGGAAAUUAUGAAACAAUUGGGGAAGGACAGUAUCAGACAGAUGGAGCUGAUGCGAUUUUACUUGCAGCUAAAGCAGGAUCCACACGGACCGAACUUGGCUCUGUUCGUGGGAAACCUGCCGCCCAAUCUAUCGGAGCGAAAUUAUGAAAAUAUACUAACGGAAUUUUUAGGAAAAGAAAACAAAUUUUCUAAAAUUGGUCCGAUCUACUACGAAUAUGGAUCGAUGGUUAUCACGUAUGAAGAUUCUGAUAAAGCAGUAAGAGCUCUUUACACUUUACGAGAAUCUAAAUUCGAGGAUAAACAACAUUUACUUGUGAUGUUGUUGCCAAACAUAGAACCUUCAAUGAUACCUCAGGGAGUGCAACCUCUUUUAGUUUUCGUAAAUGUUAAAUCCGGCGGUUGUCAAGGUCUAGAGUUGAUCAGCAGUUUCCGAAAACUAUUGAAUCCGUAUCAAGUGUUCGAUUUGGACAAUGGUGGUCCGCUACCGGGUUUAUAUGUGUUUAGAAACAUUCAAAACUAUAAAAUACUCGUGUGUGGCGGAGACGGUACUAUUGGAUGGGUGCUCCAGUGCCUGGACAAUGUGGGCCAAGACUCUCAAUGUUCAUCGCCUGCCUGUGCUAUUGUACCCUUAGGAACAGGCAAUGAUUUGGCGAGAGUCUUGCGCUGGGGUCCGGGUUACACUGGAGGCGAAGACCCAUUAAACCUCCUCCGGGAUGUAAUAGAUGCGGAAGAAAUACGUUUGGACCGGUGGACAGUUGUCUUCCACCCGGAGGACAAGGCCGACGAUAGCGUUAAACAGGUCAACUCCACCGGUAAGAAGAGGCAAAAACUGUCCAAAAUGAAAGUGACCAAUGAGCAAAUUAGAAAAGCAGUUGUAGCAGGUUCGACGAGUGAGGACAACUCGCAGAUAUUCGUAAUGAACAACUACUUCGGUAUUGGGAUCGAUGCCGACCUUUGUCUCGAUUUUCAUAAUGCCCGGGAAGAGAAUCCUGGAAAAUUCAGCAGCAGGUUGCACAAUAAAAGUGUCUAUGUUAAAAUGGGGCUGAGGAAGAUGGUGGGACCGAAGAUGUGCAAAGAUCUGCACAAGGAGGUGCGACUAGAGGUUGACGGUAGACUAGUGGAGUUGCCUCAAGUCGAGGGAAUUAUUAUUCUUAACAUUUUGAGUUGGGGAUCGGGAGCUAAUCCUUGGGGUGUUGAAAAAGACGACCAAUUCUCCAAACCCAAUCAUUGGGACGGCAUGUUGGAGGUGGUCGGUGUUACUGGUGUAGUACAUUUGGGACAAAUACAAUCUGGAUUGAGAUCAGCUAUGAGAAUAGCACAGGGUGGUCACAUUAAAAUUCAUCUUAACUCCGAUAUACCCGUUCAAGUGGACGGCGAACCAUGGGUUCAAAGUGCUUGCGAUGUUGUAGUACUAAAAUCAGCGUUAAAGGCUACGAUGCUGAAGAAGAUGAAAGGUAAAAUGAAGAGGCGCAACACGGAACCGACAAUGUUAGUAUCACCCGGGGCCCAAUUGGCCCCAUUACCAUCCAACGACGGCGAAUCCCCAACAGAUCCCAACAACACCACAUUCUAAGCACAAAGUAAUCACAUCAAGUUUUAGUGUCGUUUUUGGUUUCGUGUCGAUUUGUUACUUUGUUCAAAUAAAUAUAUAAAACACAUAUAUGUAUAGACAAUUGAUCCGUUCAAUGCGGGCAUGGGUAGUUGUUAUUUUUGUUUAAUUGCAUUUACGAAAUGUAUUACAUAAUGUAUUUUAACUGUAAAAGUGUAAUAAUUAUUACGUUAUAGUAUGGUAUUUUACCAAACUACUGGUGAAUUCAUAUACUGAAUAGAAUUUGAGGCGUUGUGCCAGUUAAGUUUAUUUAAUUUUAAAUAGUUUAUUUAUGAGUACAAGUCAUGUACUGUAGAUAUGUUGUAGAUUUUAAAGUUUAUUUAUUGAGAAAAAUCAAAUACCUGAUGUGUAGUAUCGGUGAGAAAUACUCACAUUAAUACGAUCAAUUUCCAAUGGCGGUACACACCGUACGGGUACAAUCCCCAAAACAUCUAAACGCGACAAAAUGCCGAUUAGCACAGCUUCUGGAGAGCAACUCUCAGCAGGUGAUUGAGGCACCCGAUGGGAAGAAACCGCUAGUGUGUACAGAGUUAAUUAGUGUCGGAGGAUCGGUACUUAGACAAUGGACUAAAUGUGAAUGUAUCGAAUCGUGGUUGUUUUCUGCGAAGGACGGAACUGAAAGGUGUGCUCCAGAACUGGCUGGUCGCAAUCUGUAUUGGCAAUUUAGAAAUAUGCAAGUUUCUAGAGGCCGUCGAGACAGAAGCCAAAGAAUAUCUUGGCCGGUUUGUUGUUAUAGAAGGUGUGAACGUCGUCCUUGCUCUCCAGGAAGCGACCGACGACGUUUCCGCUAACGUUCUUGAAAUGCGGGGGGCUCAAUUUUUCAUGAUUGUCCACCUGGAGGUUAAGUCAUGUUAAAUAUCUGUGUUUCGAGAAUGUUACCAAAUGCUAGGUACCAUAUUUUAGAUCUUAACUUAAUUAUUACAUUGAUGUGCUAUUGUUUGUAAUUAAAUUUCCAAAUGUAUGUAAUUGAUAGGCGAAGCGAAACACUUUGGCCCGUCAAUUCACGAACAACUUCUGUAUUAUUUCUGUAUCGCCCGUGGUUCCAUACUUAUUCAGAAAACAAUCCAAUAAUUAUCGCCACCACCGGAAUACAGUUUUACUGAAGUUUUUCACUUACAUAUAAAUAUAAAAUGUAAAUGUCACAUUAGAUAUACAUAUUAAAAAAAAACUGUGAAAAAUAUAGAAAUAUUAAAUGUA